AUGGAAAGUCCCAGAAGUAGAUCAUCUACUGAAACUCAAGAGGCAAAUCUAUUGCAACCUUGUAAUAUACCAAAUAGAGCAAAAUCAUUUCAAUCAACGGUUCUUCGAACACAACGAAUGGUGCAUGUUGUUAAAACAAUGAAUGGUGUGAGUGAAGAAGAUAAUCGAACAACUCAAGAUGAAUUUAAUGUCAGCGACAGUACACAAUAUCAUAGACGUGGUGCUAAAACAUUAGAAAAGGCAGCGUCAGAAGAAAGUAGUGAAACAUCUAGUAUCGUGCCUGUAUUAGAUCAACAAGAAAAUACAAAUGAAGCCAUCGCUAGUUCACGUCGACUUGGUCAACGAUUUAUUAUUCUUCAUUAUUCGCCAUUUAAAGCCGUAUGGGAUUGGGUAGUUAUUCUACUUGUUUUGUAUACAGGUAUUAUAACACCCUAUACAAUAUCAUUUCUAUCUGAUGAUGAUCAAAAACGAACAACAUUAAAUACACAUGCUGCUACACGACAAUUCAAUCGAGAACGAACAAGUAUACAUGUUUUAGUUAUUAUUGAUGUACUCGUCGAUUUUAUGUUUAUAUUCGAUAUAUUAAUUAGUUUCCGAACAACAUUUUUCUUAAAAGAAACCAAUGAAGUUAUCACAAAUCCAAUAUUAAUUGCUAAACAUUUUGUUAUUGAUUCAUGGAAACGUUUCGGUACCGAUAUACUAGGUGCACUACCAUGGGAUAUUCUUUUUUUUGGGAAUGGAAGUCAUUCAACGAUACGUCUAGCAAAUUAUUUUAAAUUAGCUCGACUUUUACGACUUGUUACAUUUGUUCGAAAUUUUCAAAAAACAGAAUAUCGAGCAGCUGUGCUACUUCUUUUAAUGCUUCUAUUUGCAAUUGCUGCACACUGGCUUGCUUGUAUAUUUCAUUUUAUUGCUAUUCUUGAACGACCUAAUCUACAAGUUAAAUAUUCAUGGCUUGAUCAUCUGGCUGAUAAAUGUAAAAUGCCUUAUCUUGUGAAUGAUACAUUAAGCGGACCAGAUACAAAGUCAAAAUAUUUAACAGCACUCUUUUUUGCUAUGACUUCGCUAACAUCAGUUGGUUUCGGUAAUGUUGCUGCGAAUACAAAUGGUGAAAAGUUAUUUUCAAUUCUUUCAAUGUUAGCUGGAUCUUUUCUAAGUGCUUCCAUACUUGGAAGUGUAACAACAAUUAUUAUUAAAUUAUAUCAAGGUGCAGAAGAAUUAAAAGAAAUGAAACAAAGUAUUGAUGAUUUCAUUAAACAUCAUCGUAUUAGUAAACAACUUGCUAAGAAAAUGCAAGAAUCAUUUGAUCAUGAAUGGAAAAACACGAAAGGUAUCGAUAUGAAUAGUGUAUUGAGAACAUUUCCCGAAUGUAUUCAAGCUGAUAUAUGUCUUCAUUUGAAUCGAGAAUUAUUAAAUAAUUGUCCUGUCUUCGAAGAUGCAAGUGAAGUUACACUUCGAGCAUUAGCUCUUCUUUUUAAAUCAACUCAUGUUCCACCAGGCGAUACACUUAUUCAUCAAGGCGAUGUUCUUUAUUCAAUUUAUUUUAUACAUGGUGGUCAAAUGGAAAUAUUAAAAGAUCACGAAUCACUAGCUAUACUUGGUCGAAAUGAUAUUUUCGGAGAAAAUCCAUGUAAUAAUAUAACACCAGGAAAGUCUCGAUGUAUUGUAAGAGGUCUCACUUAUUGUACAUUAAAUAAAAUUGAUCGUGAUGCUUUAUUACAUGUGUUUCAAUUGUAUCCUGAUUUUGAAAAAUCAUUUGCUGACCGAUUUCGUGUUACUUUUGAUCUUUAUCAAUGUAAAUUAAUUGAAGCAAAGCCAUUUUAUAAAUUAGAUGAUGAUAUUCAAACACUUAUUCGACAACGUCAACCAAAAUUGCAAAUUGAACGACAAUUAAGCAUAAUAGGUCACUAUGAAGAAGCAACUACAAUUGCUGCAUUACGAUCAUACCGUAGUGUUCGUAUGAGUGCUGCUGCUGAUAAACGGCGAUCUAUUAGUACUAUUGUUGAAUUAUCGCCUGAUCAAGCAUAUACGUCAUCUGAAGAUUUGGAUUAUAGUAGAGAAAAAUCGAGAAGAUCAUUAAAACCUUUAGUUGAAGGAACUUUGAGUAGUGUAUUUUCGACAAUUGUUGCCAUGUCAAAAAGAAUGAAAACAAAUGUGGCAAAUAAGAAAGAGGACGUCGAUGAAAAAUUACUAUUAACAACUGAAACUAAGUUUGUAACGGAAAAGUCAAAAUCAAUAAGAAAAUAUGAAACAAGUCCUGUACGAAGUAUGGCAGAUGUUGAUGCAGAAUUAGCUCUUCUUCAAAGUCGUUUUGAUAGUUUAGAACGAAUGAUGGAAGAUAAAAUGAAAUUAUUGUUCGAUUUUGCAAACAAUAUUCAAAUAAAAUAA